GCCCUUAACAUUAAAUAUUGAAUAUCCGGUAUUAAACGUGAAACACCUCGGGUUGAGUAACCCAAACCACGUGAAAAGUGAGCUGGAUAAAAUUUCCCCCGUGGACCGAGAAAAAGGGAGUCGAAGCGUCCGGGUGAAGUUUAAAGUUUCGAGCGGCGCGCGCAGCGGCGAGGACCAAUCAGCGAGCAGGGCUUGGAGAAUCGACCAAUCAGAGGCGGCCUUUGGAGGCAGGGUCAAAGCAUGGUCGUGGACACUGGGACGGUGCGGUUGAUGAUUUUCCUGGGGAUGUUUCUCGCCUUCGCCGGCGACUAUAGCGCCAUCGUGGCGUCCAUCUUUGGAAGCCCGGCGGGGAAGAACGAGACCGGAAGGGCUGCGGGACCGGAAGGACCCCCCAAGGAGGGGCUGCAUGCCGAAAGGAUGGCCCUUGCCGCUGCCAAUAAGCACCUCGAGGAGGAAAACGCGGCGACUCGGCGAGCCAAGAUGGUGGCGACGAUCAAGACGGCUUGUUUGCCAAAACUCGUCUGCGAAUUGAUGUCAUCCGCGCAUCAGGAUCAACUGAGCGACAUGGAGAGGUCUCUGCUCAAUCUAAUCAGAACAUGGCGAUUAGUGGUCAAAGAGAUCUCUAGAAGUUCGGCCGAGAGUCCCAGGAAGUCCGUCGUCCGAAAAUUGGACCCUGAAGCAACGUGAAAGUUGGCCAGUUACGUAAGGACACCCGAAAAACGGCGCCGGUCGCCAUAUUACGCACUCACCGUUUUGUGCGGUGUUAUAAUAACCGGGACGCACUUUCCUUUUCACGGGUUAUCCAACGAAAGGACUUUCUCCGAGCUAACAGCGCCAGAGGCAACGCAGGUCUUUGUGGUCCACGUUGAGAUCCCUGAUUGUUAAGAAAAAAAAAAGAAAAGAAAAGGUGAAUUUCCAACGCCGGUGGACGCUUCCGCUGUUCGUUAUCCCGCCAUCUUGUUUUACCACUUGCGACGUUUACGGCGUGCAUAAAUACCGUUUUCAGUUAAACUAAGGCAUGCGCUUAUGACUUGCUGCACGUCGCGUUAUCCUUUUAAUGAGACACAAAAGAAAACCUCCCGGGAAUCGUAUUUUACCUUCCAAGAGUACCGGUAAUGAGACAAAAGUAACACGCGAGGGAAUAAAGUUGUCGCGAAUUGCGAGUUACUUUCAGCCUUUACGCCGCUCGAAUGUACGCGCUUGAGAUACGACUCAUGAUUUAAUAAGGUAUUUUAUUUGUUGUUAUUUUACGUCCCGAGGCAUGUUGGCUUGGUACAUUCUGGGAGUAUUUUUGAAAUUUGUGCAAUUUUUGAAUUCCCGAAUUUUGGGAAGGAUAACAAGGCGACGGCGGCAAAAAUCGGGGCGCACCCUCCGUUUUCGGCCCUCUCGUUCACGAGAGAGCGAGAGUGGCGAACGGAACGGUGAAGUCGUAGAGAAACGUCUUCGAACGAUCCUUACGCGCGCGGUUAAUGUCCCGGAAAGAUCCGAGCUUUAUAUUUACUUUUAUGUGGGCGUAAACGCAAACGCGAACGCGCAAGGCUCGAUUUUAUUGGACGGAUCGCAUCGAGUUAAACCGAUCAAGAUGGAGAAGCUAAAAAGCCGUUUGCGUUUAUUCGUUAUAUCCCCGCCGAACUACGGCUUUUCGUGAUCGUAAAGGAGCAGGAUCCCUUCUUCAAGGCUGGGCUUUAUCGUAGGAGAGUCUUCUUCUUCUAGCGUGGAUUAUUAUCCAUGAAUCUGGCCCCUGAAUAUUCGAGGUGGUCGCCGAGCGGGGACGCCGUUUCCGCCAUAUUGGAUUCGCUCCUCAGCUUAUGGAGAUUUCUCGAUCGCUCGCUUCCUGAGAGGCAUAUUUAGCCAUGAAUAUUUAGUCGUCGAGUUCUUGCCUCCAAGAUGGCGGCCGAUGGAAAGGAUACGUCGAUUCCGACACUGGGUCACCUCGGGUGUGGCAAUGGUCGAGUAUUCCCGAGCAUAAGCCCUCGAUAUCGAAAGUAAAAGGCAAUUUGCCUUGUGCCUAUUCGGAGCAUAUUGCGACCGUGCAAAGUAACGCUCUGUUUCCCUCAAGUCAGCCGAUUCAUUCGCAGGCAUUUUCUUCGCCACGACGUUAAUCUUUUACUCUUACUUUCCAGCAGACCUUGCAAUUCCGUCGUCAAACUGAAAAUGAUUUAAUUAGGAAUUUAUGUUUAAUAUCGUGUUGUUAAAAUUGUACGUGGAAUUUCCGAGUGACUAAAAGGAUGUACGGCGUUUUUUUCUUUUCUUUUCAGGGAAACGAGCUUGACCACUAUGGCGGAAGUGGCGUCGAGGUACCAUUUCGCGGCACAUAUGGGUCAGCUGAUUUCCGGUCUGGAAGGUCAAGGAUGUUAUAAUUUCUACCCCACUUGCCCGCUCCCUGG